CAAACACCUCGGGGCGAUAUACGCAGAGGGGGGGCGGCCUGCGUGAUGGCACCAGGAUUCCGAGAGACCGGCAACCCCGAUGAUCUGACGCCAGAGGAGUGGACCGAAAUGCAGCAGGAAGCCGAGAAGGAGAGAGAGAAGGAGAAGGCACGCCAGGAGCAGCGUGACCGCGAGGAUAGGGAGGCCGACUUACAGCCGACCCCGGCCCUCGAGUGCUUCCCGCAGCAGUUUGCUCGCCUCUAUCGCUCCCGCAAGGCCAUGCCCAUAGACAGACCUGAAACGCUGCCCGCACAGGUACUGUACUACGUUUGCACAUGAAAGAGCACACUCAGCCACGUGAUGAUGUUUUUUUUUUCGUGUGUGCGGCCACACAUGGAUGGAUGGAUGGAUGGUGCAAUUAAUAAGGUGACGGAUGGGUUCCAGCACUGGCAGCCGGACGACCGGACGGGGACGAUGUUCAUGUACACGCCCGGCACGGGCAUGUGGCAGGAAUACUGGUUUCACCUCAUAGGUGGGGGAGAGAGAAAGAGAGAAAAGAGAGGCGUCUGGUCAGAUACAUAUAGAUAGCGGGCGGGAUGUGUGUGCUGUGUUGUGCUAUGUUGGGCUGUGUUGUGCUGGUCUUGGUUGCUCAGAUCACUGUUUGUUCUUUGCUGAGAGCGAGGAGGCCCACUACCCGCUGGGCGUGCUGCUGGUGGACAAUUGCGCCAUCUGUCCGACGGACAUCAACGCGCAGUGGGACCACAACACACAGACACUCGAACACGUACGAUGGGACGCACCAACGCGCACCAUCACAACAUACAAGAGACCAGAACACGUCUUCUCUUCUCCCCUGCCCGCCACUGCAGCCAUUCGAGUAUUCCUCUCCGCUAGCCCACAUCGGCCUCGCCCCCCCGGCCAAGCCGCCCACACCCAUCCUCCUCUGCCUCAUAUCAGAGGGCAAGAGGAAGCCGCUGGCCCACGAGCUGUACUGCGCGAUGCGUGACGGUCAGGUGGGGGAGGAGGAGAAGGGCCGCGUCAACGACAGCAUGGCGGCCACCCACGCCACGGCGACGGUCGGGCUGGAGAGUUUGGCGGAUGAGGGGGACGGCACGCUCGUGUGGUUGGCGUUCAGGCGGGUGGAGACUAGGUCAGAUGGACCGACCGCUGGAUGGAUGGGUAGGGUGGAUGGAUGCAUGGAUGGGUGUGAUGUGUUGUGUUGUGUUGUGUGUAGGGAUUGGUGGCAGGACGAGAUAGCGAAUUGUAGCCGUGUGCAUCAGGAGUUUGAGUGGCGGUGGCUCAUCCGACUCGCCGACCAGAGAUACAACCAAAUGAAGGAGGUGACCAACCAACCGCGGACUUGGAGGGAAGGAAGAAAUACACAUGCUCACUUCCGUGUGUAUCCAUUUAUCUGGCCAGUACGAGGAUCAGGUAGCCACCCUGACGAAAGAGGUAGCUGCCCUCAAGACACAGGUGGGUCACAUUUUCCCUCUCACCCAUCCAUCUAUCCAUCCAUCCAUCCAUCCCCGGCACGUUCCUCAUGUGUGUCCGUCAUGAGUGUGUGCAGACGUUGCUGCCCUUCCACGACGCUCUGACCAACCGGCAGCAGCUGGCCAAACUGGCAGAGGUCAGUGGGCGGGCUAGGCCAACAAUGAAGGUCUGUGUGUGUGUAUGGUUCUGCUGUUUGGCUUGGUCGUGGUCAGGCCCUCAAGACGCAUGGGUUGACGCUGGAUGUCGUGAGCCUCGACGAGGCCUCACCGCACCACCAGAAAAAGGAUAUGCAGCUGUACCCACACGCAGGUCCAUACACUCACACACAGAGGGCACAGCCCUUGCUGCAUCGUCUCCUUCCUUCAGGCAUGUCGCUCCCCCGCCACUCGCCCGUCCACUCGGCUCACGGCACCUCGCCCGUCGAGAGUCCGCCGCAGAUUCUCCCCAGCAAACAGACGCAGCUGACGCGGCCACAUUUACCCACGACAAAGCCACACGGAUCCCCCCACCUCAUCAAGCCACCGAAUCCUGUGCCGGCCGUCGGUCGAGUCAAGAAGGGUCCUGCUGGUGGUGCCUCCGGUGGUGGUCAUGUGGGCGUGAUGACGAUGAUGGGGGAAGGUGGGGUGCAGAGGUCCAAGACGGGCCCUGAGACUGCGGGGAGCAAGGGGCGUGCCAAGGGAGAUGAUACUGCUGGACGAGGUGGGUCGAUAAACAGGCCGCUAAUCACGUCACCUUCUCCACCACCAUGUGUGUGUCGUAUGGCUGUGUCAGCUGAGGUGCCCAUUGAGAGCAAGCCACUGCUCGAGGAAGCCCCCCCCUCAUACACAUACGAGCUGCCGAGCCUCAAGGUGCUGCAAGACUCCCAGAGCCUCCCACACCUCUCAUUCAGGCGACCCACCACUACCAGCACCAGCAACACUGCUGCCAGGGACGAGCAGGAGCCCUCAACCGGCAUAGAGGAGACACUGGGCGGGGCCGAGGGAGAGACGGAGGACAGAGAGGAGGAGGGGGCUGACGCCACGUCGACCAAGCCCCACAAGGAGACACAUCUGAUCACCGUGCAGCACAAACACCACCCGCCGGCGGUGCCACACAGCAAGCCCAAGAAGCCCAACGUGAUGCCACGGGGCCACGGCCACCCCGCCGACGUGCACGUCACCCCAUCGCACCUCCCUACAGACCGUUUUAGCAUACCCCCCUCCUCCAUCAGCAGCAACAGCAAGGGCGGGCCAGGGGCGGCGGCGGCGGCGGCGAGCAUCAGCAGCAGCUCCCGCCUUCAUGCAGGCCUGGCACCCACUGUGCCCCCCUUACCCAGAUCAGAGCUAAUAGCACGGGCCGAGAAGGUGCUGGGUCAGCAGGGGGUGAGGCCCAAGGGAUCGCUGGUAGGUGGUGUUGGUGUGGGCAGCGGGAGCAGCGCUAGAGAGGGUAUCCAUGCUUUUGUGGGGGCGGUGGGGGAGGUGGGCCGGGGGCUGACUGCGAAGGCUUACGGCAUUCUGCCGCAGAGGCCGCUGCCCUCGCAGCCUCUACGGAUGGGGCUCGAGGGGCGCAACGACACACCCACUAGCACUACCCAGGUACACGCGCCAGUGAAUGCAGCAGGAUCAGGUGUGUGUGGAUGUGUCUGUGUGUGGAUAUGUGUGUGCGUGUGUUUCUCAGUUGCAUCACCGUGUGCACGGCACACCUGGCGGGAGCCAUCGCGAUAUCAAGAAACUAUGACUGACAUGACUGAUACGACCCAUUAAUCAGCGGAUGGGCGGAUGUUUAGCCCAGGGUGGGGAGAGUAGUGCUUUCGUGGUGUGCACGAUUGACUGACUUGCAUAUCGGAG